GAAAUUCUUCAUUCAAUCUGGCAACCCGGCAACGACAACGAUAGCUUUCCCUUGCCGAAGACAGUGGAAAAAAUAAUACUUGAGUGUAUCACCGAUGAGAAAAGAAGUGCUCUCUGCAGUGUGCGCCCGCGGACGGUUUUUGCGGUUAGUUUAAAAGAGCGAGAGAGAGCGUGGCGUGGAGAGGUGUUGUGGCAGGAUCGGUUCAAAUCCAGUAGAGAAAAGCAGCGAAAAUGUCCGGAAAUACGUGCUUCAAGUGUGACCGGCCGGGCCAUUAUGCCCGCGACUGUCAAAAUGUUGGCGGCGGUGGUGGUGGCAGUGGCCGCCCCGGAGGACCCCGUGGAGACCGGCGUGAGUUCGGUGGCGGUGGCCGUCGCGAAAAAUGCUACAAAUGCAACCAAAUGGGUCACUUUGCACGUGACUGCAAGGAGGAUUUGGACCGGUGCUAUCGCUGUAACGGAAGCGGCCACAUCGCUCGUGACUGCAGCCUGUCGCCAGACGACUCGUGCUGCUACAACUGCAACCAGAGUGGCCAUCUGGCCCGCAACUGUCCGGAGAAGAGCGACCGGGACUCGAAUGUGUCUUGUUACAACUGUAACAAGAGCGGACACAUUUCGCGAAACUGUCCCACCGGGGACAAGAGCUGCUACAGCUGUGGCAAGAUUGGCCACUUGAGUCGCGAUUGCACAGAGAACAAGGGCCGCGAUUAGAAGUCGGGUUAUGCGUCGUCGUGGUGCGUCAGCAGCAGUAUCACAGCUAACAACAUCAUAAACAACAAUAAUAACAACAACCAUAGCAGCAUUACCCAUAACAACAGCAGCAGCAACACUAACAACAACAACAGCAGCGGUUUGAACAUUCUCAACAAUAACAACAGCAGUACGUCUGGGGCUAGCUACUAUCGCUUUCCUCCACCGCACCCACAAUCGACAACUACUACUACAAGUACACUCUCACACGAACAGCAGAAACAACAGCACCUAUUCGGUGGGCUAAAUCCAUUCCAGGCUCACCUUAACCACCAUCAACAACAGAAGCAGUCUGGUCAACAUCAGCACCAAUUUUCCUAUACCGAAGGCGGAACCAAGUCGAUCGGAGGUCAACAGCAAGCUACUACCACGUUUCUCAUCCAGCAGCAACAACAGAAGAACUUUUACAAUAGCGGCUCGUCGCCUAUUGGAUCCCACCUGGGUCCGAUUGGAGCUGGCGGGCCAGGGAUAGGUCAUUAUGCUACUGCUGUUACCAUUGGUAGCCCGGUUCCACCCGGUCUAGGAAGCGGAGGAGGAGGUGGGAUCUGCCCCACUGUAACUGCAACCACUGCGGCAGCUGCUGCUGCUGCUGCUGCCACCCUUCACGCAAGCAAACCACGAUUCAAGUUAUAAUAACUGAUUACAAGAUUAUAUGCGAGAAUACACACAAUUGAAGGAAAAGAAAAUUAAGAAAUCAAAAUAACAAGCAGAAGUAAACACUAUUAGGAUUUACCGAGCAACAAAAAAAAUUACGAUUCACUUUCAUAGAAACAAAAACAACCACCCUCUCACAUGAACAUUUAUGCCAUUUAUUGUUUCUUUUUUCAUAUAAUUAACCUUAACUGUACGAAGCGAAAAUGUUAAUAUACAAUAAUUCGUAUGGUGUUCAAAUAAAACACAAAGGAGAAGCAACCGAUGAAAGGUUAAUGCUCGUUUUUUUUUUCUCUCUAGGUUAUGGGUAUUUUUUGUGGUAGUGUAUCAGAAAAUGUUCUUUCUAUUAAUCAGUUUUCAACAUUUCUUUUUGUUUCCCACUUUAGAAUAGGAAGCUAUCCUGGGUAUCAUAACCAGGAGAAUUUGUUUGCAGUUUAUUACUAUUCGCAUAUUUAUAGCCAAAUAAAUGCAGAAAUCAGACGAGAGAGAACGCAAAUCUGUAACGUGCGGAAAUAGAACUCGAAACCCGUAAAAGACGAUGAUUGUUAUUGUGCUUACCCAUCAUGUACCGGUAGAAGGAGUUCAGGGUAAAAUGGAUCUCAUUUUGCUUAUUUUUGGUUCACAAUUCGAUUCAGAUUCGACAAACGGAGAAAAAUGAAAUUAAAAACAAAAAAAAAGUACAUUUUUCGAAAUGAAAUCAAUUUUCCCACGUCCAAAUAAAUUGCAUUUUACCUAAAAUGCCCUCAAAGUAUAUCGCUUGGUAUUAUUCCGUUUAUUUCGAGUUACGCUUCUAGACCACCCCUAAUAACUGAUAUCGUGUAGAAAGAUUAAAAGUCAUUGAGGAAACAUAUAAAUGAAUACGACAAACACAAAAAAAGAA